AUGGCGCGGUUACAUGGAGGCGAGGCAGGUAGAGAUGCAAGUACAGAGCGCCCAGCUGGUGCUGCACAGGUGGUGGAGCUCGCGCGCCCGGACCUCUCGCACUGCGGAGGCCAUGGCGAGCGCCGCACCCUCCCGCAAGCGGCCGCCCCAAGUACACGCGCUCGGGAAGGAUCUGAUUCAAGGAACUUAGGUGCUAACCUUUUCUUGCAUUUCAGGAGAGACUGCGGGCGGGGCGUGUGGGUGGCGGCCCUGGCACUGGCGCUGUUCGCCCUCUUCACGGCCGUAGAUGCUCAGCGCACUUACCCCGAGGAGGUCCACCGGCUGGUCGUGGAGCGGCUGCGGCAGCGUGGCGGCAGCGGCGCGGGCGCGUGGGGCGAGUGGUCGCCGUGGGCGCCGUGCUCCCGCUCCUGCGGCGGCGGCGUCUCCGUCCAGUCGCGGGAGUGCCUCGUGAACCCCGGACGGCAGCGGGCGCGGGCGAGGCGGCGAGUCAAAAACGACAGCGGUGGGAGUCGCUGCGUCGGCCUCUACAAACGGUUCCAGCUGUGCAACGUGCAGGCGUGUCCGGGCGGCUACAGCGACUUCCGGCGGGAGCAGUGCGCCUCCUUCAACAAGACGCCCUUCAACCGCCGCUUCUACACGUGGGAGCCCUUCUACGACACCCCCGACUCCUGCGCCCUCAACUGCCGCGCCGUCGGCCUCAGCUUCUACGCCACGCUCAACCAGACGGUCAUCGACGGGACGGCGUGCGGCCUCGGCGCCAGCAAGAUCUGCGUCGCCGGGAUGUGCAUGGAGCUCGGCUGCGACGGCGUGUUAGGCUCCGGGAAGCGGCUGGACUCGUGCGGGCAGUGCGGGGGCGACAACAGCACGUGCAGGGUGAUCGCGGGCAUCUUCUCCCGCGUCCGGAUGCCCUACGGCUACAACAUCAUCGCCACCCUGCCCGCGGGCGCCACCAACAUCACCAUCCAGCACUCCAAGCCCUCCACCAACUACCUGGCCCUGCGACUCCAAGGCGGGGACUUCUUCAUCAACGGCAACUGGGCGGUCAACGGCUCCGGCAACUACCCGGCGGCGGGCACCGUGUUCGCGUACCAGCGCCCCGAGAUGUUCCUCGGCGACAAGGUGGUCGCGGCCGGGCCCCUCGCGCAGCCCGUCGACGUCAUGCUGUUCUUCCAGUCAACCAACCCGGGGAUCAAGUACGAGUACCGUCUGCCGAUGUCUUCGUCUGGCAAGGGCGCGCCGUCGGGAGUUGUCCCGGGCUCCCCGCAGCGCCCCCGCCACCGGGAUAACCCCCUGAACCCCUUCGUGCCCGGAGGACCUGCAGCUAGGACCCCGCCCUCGGGGCCAGUCAACGACGCCAGGUCGAGCAACGGCCACGGGAACUCGAUCUAUGCCAACCGGAGACGGAAAGCGGAGGAAGAGGAGAAGAAGAAAAAGGAGAAACAAGGAAAGAAGCAAAGAAACAAAGAUAAGAAAGGAAAUAAGAAACGAAAAAGGUACGAGUGGAAGGUCGUCGGCUUCAGCAGCUGCACAGCGACGUGUGGGGGCGGCUCGCAGACGACGCGCGUGGUGUGCGUGAAGCGCAAGAAAGGCAACGAGGUCCCGGCGAAGCACUGCGCCGACCACCCGAAGCCGCCCGAGGAGACCGUCCGCUGCAACCUGCGCCCUUGCCCCGCAGAAUGGGUGCCGGAGGAGUGGGGUCCCUGCAGCGUCUCCUGCGGCCUCGGCGUACAGACGCGUUCGCUCUCCUGCAAGAUUCGCCUGUCGCAGGGCCAUAUUGUGGAGGCCGCCCAGGAUGCCUGUACGGCGCCGCCCUCCGUGUCCAGAGCUCAAGUGUGUGAGUUGCCCGCAUGCGACUCCGCUCCGGCUUGGCAGGCGGGCGAGUGGGGGGCGUGCUCGGCGCAGUGCGGGCUGGGCACGCGGCACCGCACCGUCACGUGUGUCACAGCGAAGGGCGCCGUGCCCCCGCACCUCUGCCCCAGCGAGGAGAAACCCAGCAACCAGGAGCUGUGCGACAUGGGCUCCUGCGCCACCGACACCUGGUUCAUCUCGAAGUGGGGCGAGAGGUGCUCCGAGGAGUGCGGCGAUGGCGUCCAGCGGCGCAGAGUUCACUGCUCGGGCGACGCCCUCGACAACCAGGUCACGGAGACCUCCUGCAACCCCGAGCAGCGGCCCGCUACCACGAGGGCGUGCACCUCCGACAGGGGCUGCGGCGGAAAGUGGUUCACAGGCCCCUGGGGAGAGUGCGACUCGGAGUGCGGCCCCGGGCGGCGGGCGCGCUCCGUGGUGUGCGUGGUGUGGGCGCGCGGCCAGUGGCGCAUCACCACGGACGUGACGCAAUGCAAGGCCGACCCGCGCCCCGACACGACGCAGGGCUGCACGCGCCCCUGCGGCUCCGAGUGGUACACGUCGGAGUGGUCGCAGUGCUCGGCGUCGUGCGGCAGCGGCGUCCAGCGCCGCGAGGUCAAGUGUCUCAGCGAGAGGCAGGAGCCGGCGCUCGACU